GCGGGCAGGGAGCAAGUUGCACCGCAGUAAAGGCGCCCUAGGGGAGAGGAGGACGCGACACGCCGUGACAGGGGAAAGUGACGAGCUGCCCUUCGUUGUCAACCAUAAAGAAGGACACAGCGAGUCCUCCUUCCGGCUGCCCACAAUUACUAGAUGGCGGCCGCCGGCGCCAGAGGCCUGCGGGCCACCUACCAUCGGGUUCUGGAUAAAGUGGAGCUGAUGCUGCCCGAGAAAUUGAGGCCAUUGUACAACCACCCGGCAGGUCCCAGAACAGUUUUUUUCUGGGCUCCUAUUAUGAAAUGGGGAUUGGUGUGUGCUGGAUUGGCUGACAUGGCCAGACCUGCAGAAAAACUCAGCACAGCUCAAUCUGCUGUUUUAAUGGCUACAGGGCUUAUUUGGUCAAGAUACUCACUUGUCAUUAUUCCAAAAAACUGGAGUCUGUUUGCUGUUAACUUCUUUGUGGGAGCAGCAGGAGCCUCUCAGCUCUUUCGAAUUUGGAGAUAUAAUCAAGAACUAAAAGCUAAAGAAAACAAGUAAAAGAGCUCCUGAUCACCUGAACAAUCUAUAUGUGGACAUAACCACUGGGACCU